GCUGUGUUUCUUUAGGACUUCCCCACCAACCGCGCUCUCUGUCUAUUGCAACUACAACUCUCUUUGCGAACGCGAAACGCGUUGCAGUGGCCAAUUAUGGCGGAAGAAUCAAAGCAGGUCGAUCCCAAAAUCAAUAACGAAGUCGUCAAAGAAGUGGUCGAGUCGAAGAAUGCUCCCGAGCAGGAUGCCUCUGACGAUGAUCCCGCCAACCGCGCCGCUGGCAAUUCCGACGCCGUCGCCGCAGAAGCCAGCUCUAAAAAGAAAAAGUCCAAGAAGAAGAAGCUCAAGUCUAUCUUGACCGGUUCCAAAGACAAUAAAGAAAAUACUGCCGAAGCCGGCCCCUCUUCUUCCUCCGAACCACCCAAGCUUAAUAUCAAGGGCAACAUGGUGGAGCAGCUCCUGCAAGCUAACCCGUCCCUGAAGCCUGAGGUUGCAGGUUUGAGCAAGUCGCAGGCGGAAGAUAUGCUUUCGAAACUGAAGCUCGAGGAUCUUCUGACUGGCAUGUCAAUUGGCGGAAAGAACCAAAAGGACAUGGCUUCAUAUAAGUUUUGGUCAACUCAGCCCGUGGCGCGAUUCGAUGACAAACCUGAUGUGGAAGAAGGCCCGAUCAAGAUAAUCGACCCCGAGAAGGUGCCCAGCGACCCUGCGCCUCUGAUUGAGGGCUUUGAGUGGGUGACAAUGGAUUUGAACGACGAAAAGGAGCUCGAGGAAGUCUAUGACUUGUUGACCUAUCACUACGUGGAGGAUGAUGAGGCCAUGUUCAGAUUUAAUUAUUCGGCAUCUUUCUUCGGCUGGGCGCUCAAAUCUCCCGGAUGGACCAAGGACUGGCACGUUGGCGUGCGCGCAACUCAGUCUCGCAAGCUCGUCGCAUUUAUCUCUGGUGUUCCCGUCGAUAUUCGCGUUCGCGACAAGGUUGUUAAAUGCUCCGAGAUCAACUUCCUCUGCAUUCACAAGAAGCUCCGUUCAAAGCGUCUUGCACCCGUUCUUAUCAAGGAAAUCACCCGCCGUUGCUACCGCGUCGGCGUUCAGCAAGCCGUGUAUACUGGCGGCGUUGUCUUGCCCAAGCCCGUCAGCUCUUGCCGGUACUUUCACCGUAGCCUCGACUGGCUGAAGCUCUACGAAGUUGGCUUCUCUCCCAUGCCAGCCAAAUCGACGAAGGCCAGGCAAAUUACAAAGUACCACCUCCCGGGAAGCACUUCCACCAAUGGUCUGCGACAGAUGCAGGAGAAGGACGUUGAUGCGGUCUGCGAUCUGCUGAACCGCUACCUGAAACGUUUCGAAUUCGCACCUAAUUUUACCAAGGAGGAGGUCUAUCACUGGCUGCUGCACAAAGAGGGAACCACACCGGAGCAGGUCGUCUGGAGCUAUGUUGUCGAGGAGCCUGGCACGGGCAAGAUUAUUGACUUCUUCUCCUUCUACCUGCUUGAGUCUUCGGUUAUUGGUAACAAGAAACACGACUGUGUUCGCGCUGCCUACCUCUUCUACUAUGCUACCGAGACGGCAUUCCAGCCGAAUGCUCUAGAGUCUGGCGCUCUGAAGGUCCGCUUGAAUGCCCUCAUGCACGAUGCUUUGAUUCUUGCAAAGAGGUAUAAUUUCGACGUAUUCAAUGCGCUCACCCUUCUAGACAACCCGCUUUUCCUACAGGACCAAAAGUUUGGCGCAGGAGAUGGCCAGCUGCAUUACUACCUUUAUAACUACCGCGUUGCUCCCAUCUCUGGUGGCGUGGAUCAGAACAAUGACCCUGACCCAACGAAAAUGGGUGGUGUCGGUCUCGUCAUGCUGUAGAUAUAUACAUGUAUACUUAUGCCACGAUGUGUCUUUAUAUUUAAAGAAGAAAAACAAUUAUGAAUCAUGGAAUCUUAUGUGUCGCAG